AUGGAUGCCCAAAUUAAUCCCGAGCCCGUAGCCAAACGGAUCCUGACCCGAAUCCACGCGGGUCACUUUCGAAUCACGCUUUCCCUCGGCUGGCAGGCGCUACUAUGGAAAAUUCUCCUCCACGCCCACCAAGAUUCCAUAUUUGCAUUCCGACCCCCGAAAAUCUUCAACUCGGCAAUUUGGUUCACGACGCGGGGGAAGAGGUUCCUCACGGCGGUGGCGAACCCGACGAGCCAGCUGACGGUGGUCGGGAACCUGAUCGGGGCGCGGGCCGCCGCGAAGAUGGGGUGGAGGGAGGCGGCGGUGUUUCUGUUCGGGCUGGGGAUGGCGCACUACUUUGUGCUGCUGGUGACGCUGUACCAGAGGAUCGCCGGAGGAGGGGGGGACCGGCUGCCGGCGAUUUUACGGCCGACGUUCUGCUUGUUUUUCGGGGCGCCGAGCGUGGCCAGCGUGGCGUGGUACUCGAUCGCCGGCAGGUUUGACACGGCGGCGAAGAUGCUCUUUUUUCUCUCGCUCUUUCUCUUCAUGUCUCUCAUAUGCAGGCCAUGUCUUUUCAAGAAAGCGAUGAGAAGGUUCAACGUUGCAUGGUGGGCUUAUUCCUACCCAAUAACGAUGUUGACCCUUGCCUCCAUAAGAUACGAGCAAGAAGUCAAAGGCGGCGUCCCUCGUCUAAUACGGCUGUCCUUGUCCGUACUCUCGGUUGUGGUCCUUUUCGGUCUCCUGCUUUUCACCGGGCUCAACCCCAGAUUGCUUUUGCCCGACGACGACCCGAUCAUCGGCACAAAUCCACCUAACAAAUGUGUCGAUGCAGUCGGUUCAAAACGAGGCCCGUGUGCUACUACGUAG